GCCGACCGCAGGCGACGCAAGGCCAUAAUGAUCAUCAUGAGCGCGCUGGCUGGCUGGCUGCUGCAAAUGAAUGACGCGCGGCCUGCGACUCGCUUCUCUUGUUGGGCCACGUCUGGCCGGUUUGCCGUCCAUCGCCAAAGGCGAAGUCCUAAGAUAUAGUCCUCCCCCAGUGGCGGCCAUGAAGUACAUCCUGGUGACUGGUGGCGUCAUCAGCGGCAUUGGCAAAGGGGUGAUUGCCAGCAGUACUGGGACAAUUCUCAAGGCGUGUGGGCUCCAAGUGACCUCUAUUAAGAUUGACCCAUACAUCAACAUUGAUGCCGGGACCUUCUCACCCUAUGAGCACGGUGAAGUCUAUGUGCUUGAUGAUGGUGGCGAGGUAGACCUUGACCUGGGAAACUACGAGCGGUUUCUGGACAUCACCCUGCACAGGGACAACAACAUCACAACUGGCAAAAUUUACCAGCACGUCAUCAACAAGGAGCGCAGGGGCGAUUACCUUGGAAAGACUGUACAGGUGGUACCUCACAUCACAGAUGCCAUUCAGGAGUGGGUGGAAAGGGUGGCCCGCAUUCCAGUUGGAGAGUCUGCCCAAACACCAGAAGUCUGCAUCAUCGAGCUUGGCGGCACCAUAGGAGACAUAGAGGGCAUGCCCUUUGUGGAGGCCUUCCGACAGUUUCAGUUCCGGGUCAAACGGGAAAACUUCUGCUGUGUGCACGUCAGUCUGGUGCCUCAGCCCAAGAGCACCGGGGAGCACAAGACUAAACCUACGCAAGCCAGCGUUCGUGAGCUGCGAGGACUGGGUCUUUCGCCCGAUCUGAUAGUGUGCCGCAGCGAGAACGAGAUCACCAAGGCGGUGAAGGAGAAGAUCUCCAACUUCUGCCACGUGGAGCCCCGUCAGGUGCUGUGCAUGCACGACGUGCCCAGCAUCUACCACGUGCCCAUCUUCAUGGAGGAGCAGGGCAUCGUGGAGCUUUUCACCGAGCGGCUCCAGCUCCAGGUGCCCACCGUGCCCAGGACUCGCAGGCUCAUGUACAAGUGGCGUGACCUUGCGCUUAAGGCGGAGCGACUGAUGCGGGAGGUGACGAUAGCCCUGGUGGGCAAGUACACCCAGCUGGAAGAUGCCUACUCCUCGGUCAUCAAGGCCUUGCAGCACUCGGCCCUGGCCUGCAACCACAAGCUCAAGAUUAAGUAUAUCGAUGCUGAAGAGCUCGAGCCCGAGAUGAAGAGGGACGAUCCUGUCAAGUUUCACGCUGCCUGGCAAAACCUGUGCCGCUCUGAUGGCGUCUUAGUCCCCGGUGGAUUCGGGAGCCGAGGUGUCGAGGGCAAGAUUGCAGCCAUUGAGUGGGCACGCAAGACAAAGAAGCCCUUCCUAGGUGUCUGCCUGGGUCUCCAAUGCGCCGUGAUCGAGUUCUGUCGUAACGUGCUCGGCUGGGCCGACGCAAACUCGACCGAAAUCAACCCGGAGAGCAAGUACCCCGUUAUCAUUGAGAUGCCAGAGCACCACGUUGGCCAGAUGGGUGGGACAAUGCGGUUGGGCAAGCGGAAGACUAUCUUCAACACCCAUGACUCCAUCCUAAGGAAGCUGUACAUGAAUGCGGACGUGAUCGAAGAAAGGCACCGGCAUCGGUACGAGGUGAACCCAGCCUUUGCUUCUGACCUGGAGAAAGCAGGGCUCCACUUUGUGGGAAAGGACGACACUGGCAAACGCAUGGAGAUCAUAGAGUUCCCCGACCACCCAUACUUUGUGGGGGUCCAGUUCCACCCCGAGUACAUCAGCCGUCCACUGAAGCCGUCUCCCCCAUACCUGGGCCUCGUGCUAGCAUCUUGCGGCCGGCUAAGCAACUUCCUGGUUCGUGGCUGCCGCAUGUCACCUCGACACGCGAGUGACAUGGACUCUACGUCGGAGGAUGAGAUGGUUCAUGUCCCUUCCACUGGAGAGAGGAAGGUCAGCAAAGGCUCUGCCCACGGCACGAAGCCGAGUGAAGAUGCCAGCGAAGCGCUCGCUCCCGAGUCCUUCGGACACAACAGGCUCGUUCAUGUUCAGAGUCCCCCAGCGUCCCUGGAUGGUCACCAGUCUCAGCACCGCAAAGGACAUCACGACAGCCCUCCACGGCCCUCGCCACAGCUUCUAAAUGGAACGUCCUUCCCGGAGACUUCUCCGGAAGAAGUCGGAGCAGAUCUCGUGCGCCUACAACUGUCUCAUUCGGAUACCUCGAUAGGCGGUCAGUCAGAUUCCUAGGUUGUCCUGGCGAAUUGGCGAUGCUGUUUUCUUUUGUUACCUCUGACGAGCAAUCGUCGUAAACUGAAUGGAUGAGCAAUUGACGAGAAACGCAUGUUGGAACCCACAGAUGGUCUAACCAUGAACUUAGUUUCUAUUUUGACGGUCAAAAGGGAGUCCUUGUUAGCUGUCGAUGGAUUCUGACGUGAUUUUUUGGUGCGACGCAAUUUAGCCCGAAUGCGGCAUUGGCACUUUGUCACAAUUUACUCGAGCAGGUCAGUUUUGGACAGCGCCCUGUUAGUCAUUCGAGCAAAACAAAAACUUGGCGAUUGUAAGUUCAGGCUAGCUGUGUCCCAUUCUCUACCUGUCCACUUGAUUGCUAAUGGCAGUGGGAUUAGUGGAAGGGUACUUGUUUUAUGUAGUAUACAUAAUUAGGAUUAGUGUGAUAAUAAUGACAUGCUUAGCAGUUGCAACAAUUUCUUUUUUCCCAAACUGCCACAUGCUAUUUUUUUUUUAUGAUUGUUUAUGGUAUUGAACUUGGCAGCCAAGAGAAGCCUAUGUAUUGAGCUUGGCAGCAGGAGAUGCCCAUCUUUUCAACAGCAGUCCUCUGUAGGUUUUGUAUGGUUGUGCAUUAUGCAGAAUUUUAAAAUUGAGGCUGUGAAAAUGAUUAAUAUCUUAAAGAAGUUACAGGUAUCAAAAGAUGCAGCAUCCUGCUUGUGUUGAGCCUGGGACAGAGGGGACAAUCCUAAAGAACCUUAUUUUUUUAUGUAGAGAACAUCAGCAGGUGAUUAGGAUCUCAUACUGCAGUUUAUGCUAGCUACUCUUUCUCAAAGCCACUUGCCAAGCCUUUGGCACAGCCUACCAGCUGAAGCAAGGGGACUGAACCCACUUCAAAUGAAAUGCAAAAAUCAAUUUUGCAGCUAUAAUUUAAUUAUAGAUGCACAAUAUAAUUUACCACAUGGGUGCAGCUAGGUGGUGCAUUGUAUUUAUGAAAAUAUCUAAGAAAAUUCUUGCCCUUGUCAAAAGUUACCAAUAAGAACAGUCUUUUUCCUAAAGGCUGUCAUAGAGUCAAGCCUUUUAUUGUCAAAAUAAGAAAAAAAAAGGCAUUGUUGUAAGCCACCAGAAUGGCUCAUUUAACAAGAAACGGAAAUGGGAGCAAACAAAGUUCUCACUUUUCUCUCGCUUCCCGGUUAUCUAACAAAUUGCCUUAUUGGCCCAAGCAUUUUGUCACUUUAACAUAAGAAAAGGCUUAACUACAUGUCCUUCUUAGGGAAGUAUUGUUUUUUUUUUGUAACUGUUUACUAAGAAAAGUUUCUCUUUCACUAUAUGUUGAAAAAUAAAAUGCAGCACCUAGCCACACUUGCAUAGUUAAUUGCAGUGUCAUAAUAUUAAUAAUAAUGAUAUUCUUUAUUUAGGUGUCCAAAAACAACCAAAACAGUCUUAACUUUGGUACACAAUUGUGAACAAGCAAUCAAAAAAAAGAAGGUCUACCAAGCAACAAAUAGAACAAAUUAAGAGGCAGAUUAGUGUUCAUUCAAUUGGUUGCGGUACAAUGUAAUUGAUGACGAAAUGUCCAGGUGAGGUGGAGUGGUGGUGUUAUACAAUGACUGGAUUCGAGAAAGGGGUGGAGUGUUACAGGGCAAGUGAACAUAAAAACUAACUAAAUAUCUGGUUGCAUGUAAAAAAGCAUGAAAAUUAUUUUUCCCAAGAAGCUGUGCAGAAUCAAUUGCCCAUUUAUAAGUAUAUGCAGAAACACAAACUCACAAACAGUUCUUCUGGGUAGACAAAAGCGGAAGUGAAAACAUUUUUAGUAUAUAUGCAUACUUAUUACAAAAGCGGCACUCAAAGAAGCAUGUGAAACUGAUUAUUGUGAUUUAUUUGAAGUGGAUUCGAUCCAACUGACUUGUCUGGUAGAAUAGACCACAUUGGUAGUCCUUCGGGGUUGUCUGCUAAUGAAGUGGUUCGACUCCAAAUCACAGGAGUCAUGUUUUGUCUUUCUAAGGCUGCAAAUUUUGUAGUGCGUUGUCUCGUUUGUCUUGAAUGGAUGGAACAGCGCCUGGGUUCUAAAAAAUAGGACAUCUUGUUAGACUAUUCCUCAUUUUCGACUACAGAAUUUAACAUUUUUUGGAUUCAUUUGAUAUUUUCUUGCACUGCUGAACUUCAUCUCUCCUCAAUUUUUGUGUACAUAACUUUUAUUGCCUCACCUAUAUCUGUAUCUGUGAGCAAGGCUCAGUUCCAAUAUUUAAUGUCAGCGUUUCAAAGGUAGGAAAGAAGUGGCUACUGUCGGGCAUUGUUCUGGCUGCACUUGUAUUGUGUCCAUAAACAGCCUUUCAUUUUCUAGAUGUUGAUCUUGCUUUCUGGUAUUUUGGUUCCACUAGUGUUGUCCAAGGUGUGCCUUUAAAAUGUUAUGCUGUUAGUUGUAUAUAAAAAGAAAGGUCUGUGCUGUCGUGCCUACAUCGCUGUAUGGAAAGCCUGACUGGUGUUUGUUGUGUGAUCAUUAUUGAGAGAAAGCCCAGUACAGGGGUGGAAAGGCUGCGCCAUUUUGCGCCAGACGCAUUUGUCUGCGCCAUCCUGCGGAAACUGCGCCACAGCCAAUACUUCUCGCCAUUGUGCUCCAAAUCGCACAUCGUGCGCCAAAAUAAUUCUAUUUUGUCUUGGUUUCGGUUUUUAUUGACUCGAUUGGCAACAAUGAGCGCGUUUACCUUGGUUGGUCUUGCAAAUUUUUGUUCCGUUUAUUUUUCCUUUGUAUCCCGAGUCGGAAGCACGCGAAAAAACUUGGUGGUCGGAUUCCAAGCGUGACAUCACCUGCGAAUGGAUUGUUAUUCUUCAACCAUAAGCGGUUAAGCAAGUCGGCCGAGGUGAGGUCGAGUCGUUAAGCGUCAGAUAGCCUGAGGGUCUGCGGCCUGGGUUCCGGACGUCAGCCAGUUGAAAAGACAUUAGCGAAAGAUUCCUUUUAGUGCUUCAUUGUUAAAAGUUUGAACCGCAUUCCUGCAAAAUAAAUCGUGAUUUGAUUGAACUGA